AUCUCAAGCCUCAAAACCCAAGCUCCACCUCUCUCCACGCUGCUGCAGCUCUACUUCCUGCCACUUAGUUAUUACUGACUCAGAGUAUGCGCAAGCUUUAUCCCUCCUGAUUUGCCAUUAUUCUUGAGUUUUGCGAUUGGUGUUGCAUUGCCUUUAUUGGAGCAGUUGAAGCUUGUCAUACUUCGUUGUCGCACAGCUGCAUAGCAAGCAAACAUCAAAGCUAGAAUCCAGCCUCCAUCUUGGCUUGAGCUUCAAGCUCACAAGUCCUUCCCUCGAACUUCCCACAGCACGUUCCGAAGUAUUCUUAUCAAGAUGGGUUGGUUCGAUGGCUCCUCAGCAGUAGGCUCAUCAUCCUCACAUCGCGACUCGUCACAUCAUCGCAAAUCUUCUUCCGGUGGGAAACACCAUUCGAGCUCACGCUCCCACUCCCACCAUGAGCCCCGCGCAUCCUCAAUCUUCGGGCUGGGAGACCCAAAACACAAUUCCUCGCGCUCGAUAUUUGGGAGUGGGGAUCACAAGCAUAACUCCAGUCGCUCAUCAUUUUUUGGCUUCGGUGGCCAUAGAUCCAGCUCAAGCGCAUACAAACGCUCACCUCGCGGAGGCUACUUGAAGCGCAUUUACUCCCAACUCCGCCGCCUUCUCCGCGACCUAAUGUACUACAUGAAGAAACACCCCAUGAAAGUCUUCAUGCUGGUAUUAAUGCCUCUCAUAACCGGCGGGGCUCUGACAGGUCUGCUUGCGAAAUUCGGUAUCAGAUUACCUGGCGGUAUGGAGAAGAUGUUUGGUGGAAAACCACAGGGAGGAAUGGGGAUAGGUGGCAAUGGAAGAGGUGGGAUGCAGUGGGAACGCACACAUGUUGAGGGACAUGGAAGUGGGGGUGCCUUGGAAGGACUAGGCAAAGUUGUUGGUGGCAUGGGAGGCAUUGGAGGUGCAAUGAGUUUGGCGAAAAUGUUCAUGUGAUUGGACAUCUAAAAGUCUGGAUAUGAAAAGCUUGGGACGAUCAAGAUUGAAUGAGAGAUGUGAAUGAGAGGCGUUUGGAGUAUGUGGAUACCAGGUUCAGUCCGAAGAUUGAUAAGUAGGAUAGGGAGGCUUUUCUCUUCAUAUACUUACCUGCCUUUCAAAUAUGUAGAUUGGUUUGGAACAUAUAGAUGUAUGGAAACUUUUCCUCGGUAUGGACAAUGUAGUAGUGAUAUCGAUUCAGCAAGGCUCGGACUUUAGUGUCUCAUACCAAAGCUAAUUUCAUCAAUUUUCA